AAACGUAAUUUGACAGCCGUUUAAAAACAACGUCAGGCUAACAGCAAAACCUGAAAACAAAAUUGGAUUGAUCGAUAUAUUUUUAUUUUGUUGAUAAUUGUUAUAAGAUGUCUGAUAAAACGAAAGCUUCGGGGCCAGCCGCAAGGAAUGCUUUAAAAACUCGGCGUCCUAUAACAGCUGCCGCCACAUCGUCGACUAAAGUUACUGCCAAAGAUAAACCCGCACCCAAAGCGAAAAAGACGAGUAAUCCAAAUACGACUUUGAAUCCGGACGCCACAGUUUUGAAAUCAGAACUCCAAGGACUUCCGGAUUUUGAUACGGAAAACCGCCAAAUCGCUUACGGAAAGUUCGUUCGCGCCAUGCUCGAAGAAUGUCUAGUUGAUGAAAAAUUUGAAAGAGAGGAAACUAUUAUGGACUUACAAAUGGCGCAACUAGCUGACAGGUUCCAGAAAACGAUGAGCCAGUUGGAUAAAACUAGUCGGCGAUUGAAAGAUAUAUCUUUUGUGGUUGAACAAAAAAGGCUACUCGACUUAAAAAGCAAUGACAACUCCUGUUUCUAUGAAAUGACCGAAAAUUCAAAUGCGGAGUCACUCCUAAAAGAUCUGGCAAAUACAGAACAAGCUCAUCUUGACCGAAUUGAACUGAAAAAUGUAGACUUUGGUUACAACAAGCAGUCCGGGCACAAACAACUCCUAGAAGCAGUCAAUGAUGCCAUAGACGGGCUAGAAAAGAUUAAAAAGGAAUCCAAUCUAGAUAUAGAUAAAUUUAAAGAGUAUGAGAAGUCACAAGUUACUAUUGAAGAGAUGGAAAAGGAGAGAUUUGAUCUCGAUAGCUUAAAAGCGAGUUUUGAAGAGAAAUUCCCAAAAUUUAGCGAACAGCUUCUUAAGGAGACUUCGAGAAAGAUAGCAAGCAUCAUCGAUGAUGACGGAGAUGAAGAUGGCGAUGAUUGAGAAUGAAAUAAAUUGUAUUUUGUGUUGUAUUUUUAAAGAUAAUUAUGGUUAUUAAAUGUCCUAUGUUAA